AUACAUUACAAUCGGUGGGUGGGUGAAAAAUUGAGCUUGUAUUUGCAUUUAUAGGCCGCUUAAAACGUAUACGAAACGAAUUUGAAAGCAUAUGGUAAGGAAGAAGAAUAAGAAAACGAAUAUUGUAUAUAAGCAAUACUCGUAAAACUGUGCCACGAAUCAGUGACUUUAAAACUUGUUCAAAAUAUUGAAAUGACUGCUUCUGACCAUAGGAUUUCUUUGUUAUGAUAUAAAUGUUUUUGAGGUAGCUUUAAUGCAGUUCUUGGAGUUAGCUAGUAUUAUGAUGUCAGAGUUUUCUUCAAGCAGUUUUGCUAAUUCAAAGGAAAUUCCAAUUAUAAAUUAUAAAAAAAGUCCAUUGAUUCGCGAAGUUUGGCGGUACAACCUUGAAGAUGAAUUUCGUAAAAUACGUAAAGUUGUGCAAACGUAUCCUGUCAUUGCGUUGGAUACAGAGUUUCCAGGAAUUGUUGCACGACCAUUGGGUGGCAGAUCUGGCGACUUUCACUAUCAACAAUUGCGGGUCAAUGUGAAUUUAUUAAACAUUAUACAAAUUGGUUUUGCGUUUAUGGACGAAAACGGCAAGCAACCAGCUGAUUAUUCCACUUGGCAAUUUAAUUUUAAAUUCAGUCUUCGUAGUGACAUGUACGCUGUGAACUCCAUUGAACUGCUACAAAAUGCCGGUAUUAAAUUCAAACAGCAUGAGAUAGACGGCAUAGAUCCAACGGAUUUUGCGGAACUGCUCAUGAUGUCUGGUGUGGUGUUAAUGAAAAAUGUGAAGUUCGUAAGUUUUCACUCCGGCUACGAUUUUGGCUAUCUGAUAAGAUUACUAACAAACACAACGCUGCCAGCGGAAGAGAGACAAUUUUUUGAGACCUUACGUUUGUAUUUUCCCACAAUUUACGACAUAAAAUAUCUGAUGAAAAAUAUUAGCACUUUGCGAGGUGGUCUACAAGAACUAGCAGAUCAGUUGGAUUUACAUCGUAUCGGGCCACGUCACCAAGCCGGUUCUGAUGCUCUUCUAACCGGAAUGGUUUUUUUCAAAAUGUGUGUUUUAUAUAAAGAAAUUAAAAAUAUGCAAUUUGAGCCCACAUCAGUUUACUUGGACUACCACUACGAGAUCUCACACCCCGCAGUCUGCUGGCAAUCUGAAUAAAUUUAACCAUCCAAAAAGCUUUUCCAUACUAAUAAACUAUUUAUAUGCUUCUUUAAAGUUAUCU